ACAACGUUUAUGUGGAUUACUAUACUGUACUAUACAUUACUAUAGAAAUGAUAACAUGCUAGAAUGAGCACAUUAAUACAUGUAUUAUCAACACCUUCUGACCAGUCACAUUUAAUAGACCAUUUUAGAACAUUCUAGUUGAGUCAUUUCCGAUUCUUUCAACUUGUUGCCUGUUCGUUUUAAUCUGCGAAUGUCUUUUCAGAUUGCAAAUGCCGUCAUAUUUGACACAUACUGUAUUACCCUUUCAUUCAUCAACCACAGAUUAUUUUCACAACUUAAGCAUCAUAGCUUGAGAUUCUUCCUCUCUUCUUCUUCUUCUUCUUAUUAAUAUUUUUGUCUCUAUUAUUUGAGACACUGCAUUCAAGUCAGCCUUUAUACUGUAUUUACACAGAUCAUGACCUUGCGACCUAUCUAACCUCUCAUUGGUGCCACCUCAAAACUGAAAAACAACUUGAGAAAGCUGUUUGACGCUGUGUGUUUCUGUGCACUCGGGGUGUGUUUGAUGCCACAGUGUUGUGCACUCUUUUUUUUCUCACAAAUCCACGACCAGAGAGCUUAUGUGAAAAUCAGCUGUCUAAUAUAAGCACAUGGGGUUAGAACCAGUGUGCCAAAACCAUCACACAAACCCACACAUACACUUUCUCAUAAUACUACAGCACUGUUGAUCCCUGUGCACCAGGACAGAUUUGGACAUUCUCAGCUGAUUGAAUAGAACUGCUGAUGGAACAAGGACCACAGACCAGGCUGUAAAAUACGGAGAGCAAUGGAUGACAACAGAACCUGUUGUACCUCCAUCCCGGACUAUCCCACCACAGACUAUGAUUAUGACAACUGCACAGGCAACUAUUCGAACUGUUCGGAUUUUGGCGUUGAGAUGUGUGAGCCAGAUAAAAGGCAAGAGUUGACCAUCAUGGUUGUCCAGAGCACGGUCUUCCUCAUCGCCUUCGUCCUUGGUUUAAUUGGGAAUAGUUUGGUGAUUGCCACAUUCGCCAAGUAUCGUCGCCUCCGUCUGAGGUGCAUGACCGACGUCUUCCUCUUCUAUCUUGCCAUUUCUGACCUGCUGCUGCUCCUGACUUUGCCACUGGAAGUCAAUGAAACCUUCAAUGACUUCUGGGCAUUUGGAAACGUGAUGUGCAAGCUAAACUAUGGCCUCUGUGCCAUUAACACUUACGGUGGCUUGUUGUUGCUAGCGUGCAUCAGCAUAGACCGCUACCUGCUUGUAGUACGAGCCAGGACCGCUCAGGCGCUACGUCAAAGUAUGCUAUGCUACAGUAUAUUGUCUGCGAUUGCCGUGGCAGUGACCUCUAUCGUCCUCAGCCUGCCAGAGCUCUUGUUCACUUCUGUGAAUAAAAGUUCGUUGAGGUGUGAGUACAUAGGGUACGAGGGUGACAAGGGGAGGGUGAAGAUGUGUGCACGUGUGGCAAAGAUUACAGGUUUCUGCGUGCCAUGUAUUGCCAUGCUGGUGUGUUACAGCACCAUUGGCCACGUAUUGAUGCAGGGCCGGGGAAAAUGCUUUCGCAGACAGAAGACACUGCGACUCAUAGUAGCACUGAUAGUGGUCUUCCUGUUGUUUCAGCUGCCAUACGCCAUGGUGCUGUCUUUCCGAUUGUUCACAUCCAAUUAUUCAUGUAAAAUGUGGUCUGACAUUCACCUGGCCGAGGAUGUCACCCGCAGUCUUGCUUAUGUCCGUUGCUGCCUCAACCCACUGCUCUAUGCUCUUGUGGGAGUAAGAUUCCGGGGUGAUGUGAUGAGGUUGCUCCAUGAUUGUGGUUGCAUCUGUUCUUGUCUGUCACAUAUAACACCAAACCUGAACUAUGGAAGCUCAAUGAGUGCCUCGUCUCCUCCUCCUACUAGUACGAUAAUGCCCUUCUCUGAUGUUUAUUCACCUAAAAUCAUACCUGACAAUGCCAAGAUCGAAAAUCCUGAAGGUAUGCCACUGACUGGGGCCAAAGAGUCAUAUCCACCCAACAUAUUUUUCCCUUCUACUUUCCCAAACUCACAGAAACCUGGGGACAUUGUUUUUUCAACCUAUACCUGCCAGUGAACUCUUCUUUUUGACUAUAUGUAACUUUUUGUAUAGGCUAUGUAAAUAAUAAAACUCAUUGGGGUAUGCUCUUUUAGGGAAAUAAUCAAUCAAUGACAUGGUGUUACUGUUUCUACCAUGAAGUUGAUUAUUUUCCUAUAACAGCACAUCUCCAAGUGUUUUAUACCACAGCAAUGUGUCAAUGUUCGCAAGACAAUUUAAUUCUUAUAAAGUUUAACUUGUGUUAUAACCGCUGUAAGCCUUCAUUCUUUCAUCAGCUUGUCACUGUCAUGUUAGAGCUCUCUGUCGCCAAGACUCUCCCAUGGCAGAAAACUGUUAUGUUAUGGGCUGACACUGGAGACUCCUUCCAUAAAUGUCA